AAUCGGACACCACUUAUGUUCCAGCGCAUGGAACCACCUUCUCCAACCCAAGAAGGUGGUCAAGGACAAAAUGCCCUUCCUUCCUCUCAAUUGGAUCAAGGAGGUGGAAUGAGUAUACAGGAAGGAGGAAUGAAGGAAAGUGAGUCAUGGGUCACGCAAAGAGCACAGGAGAUGUUCCAGAAGACAGGAACCUGGAGCCCAGAGCGGGGGCGGUUAGAGGAAAUACCCAAUAGCCGGACCAAUUCCCAGUCUGUAGAGAUGCGGGAGAUGGCAAAAGAUGGCUACUCAGAUAGUGAUCAGUAUUUACCCAUGGAGGGUCACGGAAGAGCUGCCUCCAUGCCACGAUUGCCUGCUGAAAACCAGACCAUUCCCGAUACAAGUCCCAUGAAACGCUCUGCCUCCAUGUUGGGCCACUCACGCUCCAAAGGUACACGCUUGGAUGAUUACUCUCUAGAAAGAGUAAUUCCAGAGGACGGCCAGAGACAUCACCGCCGACGGGAGCGGACCCACCGUACAUCAGAACGUUCACUGAGUCGAUACACUGAUGUGGACACAGGUCUGGGUACAGACCUCAGUCUGACCACACAGUCAGCUGACCUACCUCCCAAAGAAAGGGAUCAAGAGCGAGGCAGGCCUAAGGAUCGGAAGCACCACCACCAUCACCACCACCAUCACCACCAUCACACAUCUUCUGACAAGGAGCGAUAUUCACAAGAGAGGCAUGAAUAUAGCCGGCCUCGAUCCAGAGAUCGACGAUGGUCCCGUUCACCCAGUGAAGGCCGAGAACAUGUGCCUCAUAGGCAGGGCAGUAGUUCCGUAAGUGGGAGUCCAGUCCUCUCAACGUCUGGCACCAGCACUCCGAGGCGAGGACGCCGCCAGCUCCCACAGACCCCUUCUACACCCCGGCCACAUAUCUCCUACUCCCCCGUGGUCCGUAAGGCCAUCAACACAGGGGGCCAGCAGCAACCACCGUCGGUGCACCCCAGCCGAAUAGCCAGCCCAGCCCCUCGGCGCUAUCCCUCGCUGCCUGCCGAGCACCACGUCUCCGAGCGGCGCAGCAGGUCUCCGGCUAUAGAGCGACACACUGUCCCGCCGCGAAAUGAUUCGCCUCGCAGCUACCGCCAUGCCAGCAGCCGGUGGUCGGCGCCACAAGUUUCUGAGCCCCCGCCGGGGCCUCGCCACGGCAGCGGUUACCACCGGAGUCGGGACUACGGCAGCCCCUCCGGCGAGGAAGUCUUUCCUUACGAGGCCAUGCAGCAGCAGCAGCAGCAGCAGCCGCCACAGGGGAGCAGCUCAGGACGUUCGCCCAGAACUUCCCGGGUGGGCGGCGGUGGCGGCGGCUCGUCCUCUCUCUCCCCUUACAGACACGGGCGACGGCUCCCCAAUGGAUACUAUCAUUCACACGGACCAGCCAAGUCGCGCGGGACAGGGUCACGCAAAGGACUGCACGAACCUUACAGCGAAACUGACGAGGACGACUGCUGCUAACCUACAAGUGGCUUCACCUUACACGUGCGCGCACGCGCCACACACGCACUCCA